GAAAGGUGUGGGUGCAAUGCAAUGGAGGUGGGAAGCAUGAGGGAGGCUAUGCAACUCCACGGGCAAGUGGUGAAAUUAGGAAUCCGGCAGAAGCAGCGUAGCUUCUCCAACCUCUUCACCUUCGCCGCCCUCUCCCCCUCCGGCGACCUCAACUACGCUCGUCUUCUUCUCAACUCCAACCCCUCCCUUAACUCUUACUACUACAACACUCUCAUUCGGGCCUUCUCCCAAAGCCCAAGCCCAAGCCAUCACUUCCACGCCCUCUCCCUCUUCCUCUCGAUGCUCCACUCCCCCACCCUUCCCGCACCCGACAACUUCACCUUUCCCUUCCUACUCAAGUGCUGCGCGCGCUCCAAACUCGCUCCACAGGGCAAACAGCUCCACGCCCUCGUAACCAAAUUGGGGUUCGGCCCAGAUCAAUAUAUCCAGAACGCCCUCAUCCACAUGUACUCCGAGUUUGCCGAUGUGGGCCUCGCGCGGGCCCUGUUCGAUAAAAUGCCCCACCCAGACGUCGUUUCCUGGACCUCCAUCAUUGACGGCCUUGUAAACAACGACCGACCCGUUGAGGCUAUUGAAUUGUUUCGGCGAAUGUUGGAAUGUGGAGUUGAGGUGAACGAGGCCACGGUUGUGGCUGUUUUGAGAGCGUGUGCGGAUUCGGGAGCGUUGAGUUUGGGGAGGAGAGUGCAUGACAUUGUAGAGGAAUGUGGAAUUGGAAUUGGAAUUCACUCUAUGUCUAAUGUUGCCACUGCUCUUGUUGACAUGUAUGCGAAAAGUGGGUGCAUAGAGAGUGCACGGAAGGUGUUUGAUGAUGUUGUGGACAAGGACGUUUUCGUUUGGACUGCGAUGAUUUCGGGCCUCGCCAGCCACGGGCUAUGCUCGGAUGCUAUUGACAUGUUUGUUGACAUGGAAAGGUGUGGAGUGAGGCCUGAUGAGAGGACUGUCACCGCGGUUUUAUCUGCGUGUAGGAAUGCAGGCUUGAUUCGCGAAGGUUACUUCUUUUUCAGUGAUGUGCUGAAGCGUUAUGGGAUGAAACCUACAAUUCAGCAUUAUGGUUGCCUAGUGGACCUUCUUGCUAGAGCGGGGCGUUUGAAGGAAGCUGAAGAUUUCAUCAUUGCAAUGCCUGUUGAGCCUGAUGCAGUCCUUUGGAGGACCUUGAUAUGGGCCUGCAAGGUUCAUGGGGAUGUUGACAGAGCUGAGCGGUUGAUGAAGCGCCUUGCGCUGCAAGGCAUCGGUGGUGGGGAUAGUGGAAGCUACAUACUUGCUAGCAAUGUUUAUGCGUUGGCGGGGAAGUGGUGCGACAAGGCGGAAGUGAGGGAGUUGAUGAAUAAGAAGGGACUAGUGAAGCCACCGGGGUCUAGUAGGAUUGAGGUUGGUGAUGGUGUGCAUGAGUUUGUGAUGGGAGAUUACAGUCACCCUGAGGCGGAGAAAAUAUUUGCCAAAUUGGAUCAGGUGGUGGGUAAGCUGAGAAAUGAAGGGUAUGAUCCUAGAGUUUCGGAGGUCAUGCUUGAGAUGAAUGAUGAGGAAAAAGCCGUUCAGUUGCUUCACCAUAGUGAGAAGCUUGCUCUUUCUUAUGGACUAAUUAGGACAAGUGAAGGGUCUACAAUCCGGAUUGUGAAGAACCUAAGGUCUUGUGAGGACUGUCAUGAGUUUAUGAAACUAAUAUCUAAGAUAUUCCAAAGAGAUAUCAUUGUGAGAGACAGAAUACGUUUCCAUCAUUUCAAAAAUGGAAGCUGCUCUUGUAAGGAUUAUUGGUAGCUGGAGAAUUCUGCUUGUAAUCUGCAGCAGAACUUGUGUUCUAGUUCAGAAACUACCCAAGUGGUUGCAAUUGGAGAAUGUGGGUUGGAGUUAUGACAGGCUUCAUAUUUCUCCAGCAAUGAUUCAAAAGAAGUAUUUCGAGAAGCAAUUUGAGUUAGCAUGUAUCACAAAACUGCCUAUGUCUUUUGCAUAUGCGAGCAGCUGCUGCAUUUCUGAGAAAUAGUGGACAAAAAUAAGGACAGCCUGGACAGGUUCGCUGCUGGAGUCACCCAUUCAUUUACUGGUAGUAGUAUGGAUGAUUGCAUUAAGCUUCUAUUAUUUGAAAAAUGUACAUGCCCAUGAAUAUUACCCAUCAUUGAUUCUGUGGCAGGCAUAAACUGGCGCUCUCCGAAGACGACUGAGAACCUUGAUGUUAAGGGUAUUUCUGUUGAGACAGUGUCGCCAUACUGUGAAAUCAAGAAUAUGCAGGAAUUGAUUUUCUUAAAUCUACUCGGUCUUUGAAGAAAUGCCAAGGAAUGUCGAUAGUAGCACGAGCCUUGAUCGCCAGACUGUAAACGAAACACAACGGAGGGCCUGUUCUGAUCAAAGUAUCAAUUAUAUUGGAUAUGAGUACUCUAGAUGACUAGAUGGGAUAUUACUUCGAUUCAUAAUCCAUGAUAAGUGUGGAAGUUAGAGUAUAUAUUAGUCAUUUAAUAAUAUUUUUUUGUGGGGGACAUAUAGAUUGGCUUCUAUUUGGUUAUGUCCAAUAAAACUAAUUUAGAAAAAAUCUGCAUUCAUUCUUUGGAAGUUAUUUGGUUAUACUAUUGGAAUUUGCAGAAUUGCCGGUAUGUGGUAAGGAUGUUUGUUUUUGUUGGUAGAGAAAGUAUGUGUAUUUAAUGCUACGCAGUGCUUGGUGAUAAUUAUAUAAUUAUGUGUAUUACAUUAUCUCAUUUAGUUAAAGAUGUUGAUGAUAAUAGAUUUAUAGCCAAUUUGUAUGAUUGAGUUUACA